CAGUUCAAACCUCUUAUUUACUGGUUUCGCAGGGAUUUGAGACCGAUUUGCAAGUUUGCACUUAUUUUAUCGUGUAUAAUAUAACAAGUUCGGAAAUUUAGCAAGCUAAUUUUUUAUUCGGAACGCUAAAAUGGACGAUUCAGGCUUUACGAUCGAAAACAAUAUACUCAAAGGUAAAGAGAUUCCUUGUACCGAUUUCGAAUACGGUAGUAUCGGAGAAAUGAUACUAGCUAAACUGGAAAGUAAUCCAGAUUUCGUUGGACAAAUUGAUGGUACCACCGGUGAUAAACAAACCUACGAGCAAAUGCGAGACAGAAGUGUCAGGUGUGCCUUGUGGAUGAAGACACAGGGUUUACUCCCAGGGGACGUCGUGGCAAUUUGUUGUCACAAUCAGUUGGAUGUUGCAAUGCCAUGUUUUGCAGCCCUCUAUCUCGGAGCCAUAUUUAACCCAUUGGACCCUGGAAUGAACGCCAAGGAUUUUCGUAACAUAAUGACUAUCACGAGACCAAAAAUGGCGUUCGUAAACGAAGCAUCAGCCGUGGCGAUCGCUCAAGCGGCGAAAGAAGCGAAUCUCGACAUGAAAACUGUAGUUUUCGGUCGAGUUUCCGGCUUUCCUACAUUCGAAACCAUAAUCGCUGAACCAGGAAUCAACGAAGUUCAAGACUUCCGGUGCACAGCGAUUGCAAAUCCUAACGAGACUGCAAUAAUUAUGUGUACAUCUGGGACUUCAGGCUUUCCAAAAGGUGUUGCAUUAGCCCACACCGUUAUUCUCAAAACUUUACAGCGGGAUGUUCGCACAGCAUCAAGUAACGUAAAAGUUCUAGUCUUCACGCCGCUAGCAUGGCUCAGCGGAGUAUUCGCCAUGCUUUUAGCUGUGGGUAAAAAUUCAACUAAGAUUGUACCGCCAGCAUUCGAAGAGUACACAGCAGGCGAACUUCUCGAAAGACUCAAAAUACAAUCAGUUUUUCUGGCCCCAAACAUGAUCAACAGACUAUUGAAAUCCGACGCUUUGAACAAGUACGAUCUCUCCGGUAUUAAAUCUGUCAUUUGUGGUGGAGCCAGCCUUUCUGCUGCGUCUCGAAAUGCAUUUGCUAAAAAAUUAUCAGGCGCUUCCAUCCUAGUUGGCUAUGGCAUGACAGAACUAGGAUGUGGUACAUCGAUGCAAUCAAACAACGCGAAACCUGGAUCGUGUGGCCGCAUCUUCAUCAAUUGCCAGCUUAAGGUGGUCGACCCAGAUACAAACAAAGUACUGGGAACCAAUCAGAGGGGUGAACUAUUGUGGAAGACUGACACCAUGAUGAACUGUUACUAUAACGAUCCAGAUGCCACAGCCGCAACCAUCGAUGAAGAAGGAUGGUUGCACUCGGGAGAUCUUGGAUACUACGACGAGGACGGAGAGAUCUUCGUGGUAGAUAGGCUGAAAGAACUGAUUAAAUACCGGGGUUUUCACAUAUCUCCAGCUCAAGUCGAGAGUGUGCUUUUGUCCCACCCUGGCGUCAAGGAGGUGGCGGUCGUAGGUUUGCCUCAUCCUGUGGACGACGAGCAUCCUAUUGCUUUUGUAGUUAGAACGGAGUCUUCUUUCACUGGGAAAGAGGUUACAGAACAGGAAUUAAUUGACUUGGUGGCGACUGAAAUGGCUGACAGCAAACGACUGCGAGGUGGAGUAAAAUUCCUGGAUCACCUACCAAAAACACCGUCAAAUAAAAUUCGACGCGGAUAUGUGCGAGACUUAGCGAGAUCUAUGGUAACAACGUGA